UGUCUCACUUGUCACGUUAGUAACCGUUGAUACGAUAAACCCAUGUUUCUAUCCUUUUGAUUAUUCAGAGAAACGACUCGUGGACACCGUACUUUACAUGUUUAUGAUUCUUCUUUCUUCUAUAAAAGCUCAAAAUAAGUUUUAUUUUUGAUCCCCUGUGUUCUUCUGCUUUGAGUCUGUUCUAGAAAUCACUACCUCUAGAAAUCGGAGAUUCUGCGUGAAGUGGGAAAUUUGGGUGUUGCUGUAUUUAUCCAGUGUUUGUGCAGUGAGAGGAAAGUCCUCAGUCACUUAAAAUUCUCACUAGGAACUUGGCAUGGGAGUUGUAACUGCUUCUAGCUCAGCUGCUCAGACAACACUAGGAUUCAGCACAAAAAUUUCAAAUUACAAAUCCACAGUAAAAGGAUCGUUGAUUGUGGCAUUUAAAGAAGAUAAAUCCAAUAACACAGCUUUGAUUGCACCUCGUGAGCGAAUCCCGUUGCCUGUACAGCCACCCAAAGGGAAGAAGAGACGAGGAAAAACUAACAAUGAAUUGUCUUCAAGCACCUUGGAAGUGGAUUACAAUGAAGCUGCUGCUAAGCUUGAAAAUUUAUACAAGCUUAGCCCUUCAACUGAUGCGUCUGAUGUAGAUGUAAAUGUCUUGAUUGGGAAAGGUCAACGAAGGAAAAGGAAAAAUGGUGAAGGUGACAAGAAAGCAGUGAUUCGAACUAGUAAAUUUGUUGUUAAGAACCCUGCAAAGAAAGCUAAACGAUUGAGCCUUGACAAAAGAAUUGCAAUGACGAAGUACAAGGCAGAGGAAGUGGUAACUGCAAUUAGGAAGAAAACAGAUGCUGAGGAUGAAGAUGAAAAGAUUGAGGAACUUGUGAGGGAUUAUUCUGCGUCAACUGAUUUGGUCAGCUUGGAAUGGAAAAAAAUGAAGAUACCUCCAGUUCUCCCUUCAACAGAGCAUACCUGGUUGUUCAAGUUGAUGCAACCCAUGAAGGCACUCCUUCAAGUGAAAGACCGUUUGCAAAAAAAAUUGGGUAGAGAACCAAAUAAAGGUGAAUUAGCUGAGGCAACAAAUAUGAAUGUAGAGCAAGUAAGGAAACAGAUAAGAGUUGGUCAAGCCGCAAGAAACAAGCUAAUUAAGCACAAUCUCCGGCUUAUAUUGUUUGUAAUCAAUAAAUAUUUUCAAGACUUUGCAAAUGGGCCCAGAUUUCAAGACCUUUGUCAAGCAGGAAUUAAGGGACUUAUUACAGCAAUUGAUCGCUUUGAACCCAAAAGGAGAUUUCGGCUCUCAACAUAUAGUCUUUUUUGGAUUAGACAUGCCAUAAUACGUUCAAUGACACUCUCGAGCUUUACACGUGUCUCGUUUGGUCUUGAAUCAGUAAGAGUAGAGAUCCAGAAAGCCAAACUUGAGUUGUUGGUUGAACUUCAAAGACAGCCGACAGAGGAAGAGAUUAAAGAGAGGGUGGGGAUCUCUCCUGAGAGGUAUCAUGAAGUAAUGAGGGCUUCAAAACCUGUUUUCUCUCUACAUUCAAGGCAUGCAGUUACCCAGGAAGAGUUCAUCAGUGGGAUCACUGACAUUGAUGGAGGUGAUAACCGGAGGCAGCCAGCUCUUCUAAGGCUUGCUCUUGAUGAUGUGCUUGAUUCUCUAAAGCCAAAGGAGAGCCUAGUGAUCAGACAGAGAUAUGGGCUAGAUGGUAAAGGUGAUAGAACAUUAGGAGAGAUUGCUGGAAAUUUGAGCAUGUCAAGAGAAAUGGUUAGGAAGUAUGAAGUUAAGGCACUCAUGAAGCUCAAGCACCCAGCUAGAGUUGAUUAUCUUCGCCGUUAUGUUGUCUGAAUUGGUGAACAUCAUAAGGUUUUGCUUACAUUACUUACUCCCCUCCUAUGACUACUCAUCAACAGUUGCUGUAUACUAAUGACCUGUAUCAUAGUCAUUUUUAACUACAUGAAAAUAGAAAAAUCUCAUACAAUGUAAUAUACUUCUACGGAAUUUGGAGAUUUCAAAUCACCACAUAUACAUGUAAUAGUGUCUCUCCUUUAAAAUCUGAUAAUCCCUCGUACAUUUUAUGUAUAUGUAUUCAAAUUCUUCACUGACUCAUA